AUGGGGAAAGUUCCCGCACCCCAGACAGCUCUCUUCCUGCUCUCACUCAUCAUCUACUUGGUGACUGUGGUUGGGAAUAUCUUCAUUGUUGUGCGGGUGGUGGCAGGGCAGCAUCUGCACACCCCCAUGUACUUCUUCCUGGGCAAUCUCUCCUCCUUGGAGAGCUUCUACAGCUCCACCAUCCUGCCCUGGCUGCUGGCCAGCUUCCUGACUGGGGACAGGACCAUCUCUGCUCACGGCUGCGUGGCUCAGUUCUAUUUCUUUGCCACUUUUGCAACUACUGACCGUUACCUGCUGGCAGCCAUGUCCUAUGAUCGGUACUUGGCCAUAUGCCAGCCCCUGCUCUACGCAAGCCUCAUGACCUGGAAGGUAUGUCUACAGCUGGUGGCUGGGUCUUGGCUGCUGGGAUUGCUGUUCUCCUCGGUACUUACUUCUCUCUUGCCCCAGUUACAGUUCUGUGGCCCCUGGACAAUCGACCCCUUCUUCUGUGACUUCACCCCAUUGCUGGAGCUUGCCUGCAGUGACACUAGCAUGGCCACACUUGUUGCUUUCAUAUUUGGCUUCUUCAAUAUGGUCUUCCUCUUCCUCUUUACACUGGCCUCCUAUAUGUGCAUCACAGAUGCCAUCCUGAGGAUCCCAUCCAACGUGGGCAGGCAGAUGGCCUUCUCUACCUGCUCCUCUCACCUCACCGUUGUUGCCAUAUUCUAUGGCUCCCUCUUUGCUGUCUAUGUCCUGCCCAGAACAGCCCCGCUGCAGCACCUCAGCAAAGUGUUCUUCUUCUUCUACACUGUCCUCACGGCCCUAGUCAACCCCCUCAUCUACAGCCUGAGGAACAGGGAG